AUGGCCCUAACUUUCAGUAAACGAGUUCCGGCCAAGUUGGUGCUUGCUCAAACUCAAGAUGUGGCCAUUGGAACAAUGAACACAACAGCUACAAAUGCAAGGAAGCAGGCUGUCGCAAGAGGUGGAAGAUCUGUCAAACCGGCGAUCAUGGAGAUUCAGGAGUGUAUGCGAUCUGUGCCAAAUGUCCCGAUCACCCCGCUGGUGGCCCGGAUGGUUUCCUAG